AUGUCACUUUCUCCUCGCCGGAUGAUAAAUAGCACCCCAGAAGGAAGCACUUCAACCAAGUGUGUCUCAAGUCCUGCAGAUUCAUCGGACUGGAAACCUCUUGUUCUCGUGGUCUCUGAGGAGGGUCCUGGCCGUGAUAGCAUCACAAGUGCCGUUGCUGGCAACAAACACGCUAACGUCCUCUUCGAUAUCGCAUCUCAGUCAACCAUUCUCGAACUUAAACUCUCCGAGUGUGUUCAUCACCUACACGAAUAUACUCACGCUAUCAUCGUCAUUGAUGAGUGGAUCCGCAGAUCUUGCAACAUUCCCAUCUGGGAAAAAUUGAUUGAGUAUAUGCAGGACGGUGGAACGGUCAUCUUUCUUGGAGACUUCGCCCUGUUCUUAGACCAGGAUUAUUACGAAUUUCUUCCUGCGAUUGACUUCUUUGAGAAAUCUGGAAACUCAUGGGAGCGGGGAGAGUGUAUGCGAACCACAGUGUUUGUCAACAACGAGGAUGAGAUCAUUCCCAAGAAUUAUCAACAGCUUAUCCCUCCCACACUCGAUGUACAUGGCAGGUUUUUGACCGGCGUUACGCCCAAGCAAGUUUGGUACCAGCCUAAUUCAGUGUCAGUUACUGAGCCGCAGUCAGUCUUGGGUUACUACUCGCGACCCGUCGAUCCCAAGCAGAUUCCCGUUGCACUUGCAAGUGUCGGUAAAGGAAAGAUGGGCUAUAUCGGGGCGUUCCACGACAAUCCCCAGUUGAGCCCUGUCCUCGCCGUUAUGUGCGAUCUGAGUAACGUGUACGAGGUUCAGGAGGAUGAGGAGAUAUUUUAA